CAGAGCUGGGAGUUUAUUGGAGCUUGUAAAUUUCUCAGGCCGUUUUAUUUCCUGGAGAACCAAAUUUAGCACAGUGCACGCCGCACCUGAGGGCGGAUUCUCCCAGGCCGGCCCAAGCCAGGACAGGGAACCAGGGGCUUGUUAUUCAGCGAAUCACAACAGAGUGAACUCGAUCCUGUGCUUCGGCCGGGCUCACCUGCCUGCGUCCAGCCCCGCGCCCUGGGCCUGAGUCUGAGUCUGGGUCUGGUCCCGCGCAACGAGUCCGCAGAGGCGACCAUGGACGCCGCCGGCCGCACCCGGGGCCACGGGGCCACGGCGAGGGGACUGCUGCUCCGGGCGGCUGCGGCCGCCAAGGGGCUCAGGGAAGACCUGAGGGGCGCGACCGCCCUGCCUUGGAGGGGCCGGUCCCGCAUCCCGAAGCGAAGGGGCCGGUCCCGCAUCCCGAAGCGAGAGGGGCUUGGAGAGGAGGACCCGGCAGUUGCCGGACACGAGCUCCUACUGCCAAAUGAAAGAAGCUUUCAGAAUGCUGCUAAAAGCAAUAAUUUGGAUCUUACGGAGAAGCUGUUUGAAAAGAAGGUUAACAUUAAUGCUGUGAACAAUAUGAACCGCACAGCCCUGCAUUUUGCAGUGGGGAGAAAUCAUUUAUCUGCAGUGGAUUUCUUGCUUAAACACAAGGCCAGGGUGGAUGUUGCUGAUAAGCACGGCUUGACAGUAAUUCACCUUGCAGCCUGGUCUGGGAGCCUUGAGAUCAUGCUCAUGCUGGUUAAAGCUGGAGCAGAUCAGAGAGCUAAGAAUCAGGAUAGAAUGAACGCCCUCCACUUUGCCGCUCAGAGCAAUCAUGUGCGCAUCGUGGAGUAUCUCAUUCAAGAGCUGCACCUCAAGGACCUGAACCAGCCUGAUGGGAAAGGAAGAAAAACAUUUCUUUUGGCAGCUGAGAGGGGCCAUGUUGAAAUGAUAGAAAAACUUACCUUCCUAAACCUGCAUACUUCAGAAAAGGACAAGGAGGGAAACACUGCCCUGCACCUCGCUACGAAGCGUGGUCACAGUCCUGCAGUGCGGGUGCUGCUAACCCAGUGGCAAGACAUAAAUGAGAUGAAUGAGAGUGGAGAAGCACCAUUCUUUCUGACUGUUGAAGGAGGUCAUGAGGAGUGCAGUAAAGUGCUGCUGGCAGCAGGAAGUGACAUCAACUUUCCAAAUAAACUCAAUAUCAGUAGUUUGCAGAUAGCGACCAGGAAUGGCCAUGCAUCCCUUGUUAACUUUCUUCUCCGUGAGAACGUUGAUCUGCACCCGAAAGUGGAACCUAAGGAGUCCCCUCUUCAUUUUUCUGUUAUCAACAACCACAUCAUGGUUGUAAACAGCGUAUUAAGUGCACAGCAAGAUAUUGACGUCUUAAAUCAGAGGCAGCAAACCCCUCUGCAUGUAGCUGCUGAUCGAGGAAAUGUGGAACUGGUAGAAACCCUGCUGAAGGCAGGCUGUGACUUGAAGGCUGUUGACAAGCAAGGAAAGACUGCCCUGGCUGUGGCCUCCAACAACCAUAGCCUCGUGGUGGACAUGCUCAUUAAAGCAGAGAGAUACUACGCCUGGAGAGAGGAGGAUCACGAGAGUAUCAGGGACCCAUCGACAGGCUUUACUCUGACAUUCAAGCAAGAUCAUAGUUUGGAGACCAGACAUAUUCACACACUCCUUUGGGACCUGGCUUAUCGUCAGCUGAAGGCCAAUGAGUGGCAGAGGCUGGCCCGUUCAUGGAACUUUACAGAUGACCAGAUUAGAGCCAUAGAGGAGCAGUGGUCGGGAAAUGAAAGCUUCCGUUAACAUGGCCACAGGGCUCUACUUAUCUGGCUACAUGGGACCCUGACGACUCAGGCUGAUCCGGCCAAGCACCUGUAGGAAGAGCUGGUAUGCGCAGGUUUCCCCAAACUAGCUGAAAAGACUCGUCAUUUCAAAAGCAAAACUGACUCAAACUCCAAGAAAUGUGUAGUUUCAUAAAUGCCUAAAGAAAUUGUAUUUACAUGAUUUUCCACUCAGCAUUCAGUUCUUUUAAUGCCAUAAAUUUCUUCCAGCAGUAGGCAGUAGCAUUGAUUUCCAGCUCUGGUGAUGGCGGUGAUAGGGUACUCUAACAGAUGAAAGAAGAGUAAUACCAUGAUACUUUUCAACCACUGAAAAGUCAAACAGUUUUUUUUGUUGAGGGCAAGUUGUAUAUGAUUUUCCCAUUUCUGUCAUUUGAUGGAACUCAUGUAAUAAGAUAAUCUAGGAGGGUUUUGCUGUCUUUUUUUUUUUUUUUUUAAACUCAUGGAAGCAGCAUCAUGGUACAGCAAAAAACCAAUGGUUUUUAC